CACCUAACCGCCGAGGAAGAAGGAUACAGCCAAGUAAACUACAGUCUCUUCCAACAUCAUCAGUCUCCACCAUCAUCACUCCUAUUGACACUUAGCGCAUAAGAAACUGGAUUCCAUUAUCAUCAGUCUGCUAAAGUGUAACAUCUGAUAUCAGCUGGUUGGUGUUCACAUGUUAGCAGGAUGACAGGCCCAGGGGUACGUCUAAUGCUGUGCAGCCACUGGUCCUAACACCACAGUCUGGAUAUUGCAGCACUGAUAGUAUGUCCGACAAAAGUGAGCUGAAGGCUGAACUGGAGAGGAAGAAACAACGAAUCGCUCAGAUUCGAGAGGAGAAGAAGAGAAAAGAAGAGGAGAAGAAGAAGAAGGAUGGAGACUCAAAGCGUGGAGUUGAUGUGGGCGGCGGGUCUUCUGUUGGUCACGAAGACUCCGACCUGGAGAGGAAGAGGAGGGAAGCGGAGGCUCUGCUGCAGAGUGUUGGCAUUACCCCUGACAUUCCCCAUGCUCAGCCCCUGAGGGUAGUAACAGAAGAUACAUGUCUGUUUCACUACCUAGUCCCUGCCCCCAUGUCUCCCUCCAACAAAUCAGUGGGCAGCGAUGCAGGAAGCCAAGAUUCUGGGGAUGGAAACGCAGGACCAAGGACAUUGCAUUGGGAUCCUGACCCCUCUACUCUGCAACUCCACUCCGACUCUGAACUCAUGGGACGUGGAGCUGUGAGGCUGGGCAUGUCCAAAGUGACCCAAGUGGACUUCAUCCCGAAGGAAAUGGUGUCCUACUCCAAAGAAACACAGACACCCACUGAGGCACUGACACACACCGAUCAAAAAGCAGAUGAGGAAGAGGAUGAGGAGAUAACUGCUCCCCCACCAGCAGAGGAUGCUCGUGAGGAGAAGGAUGAACAGGGUGAACAGCAGGAGGAGGACACUCCCAAAGAGCUGACAGAAGAAGAGAAGCUGCAGGUCCUGCACUCAGAGGAGUUCUUGACGUUUUUCGAGCGAGGCAGCAGAAUUGUGGAGAGGGCUCUGGCUGAGCAGGUGGACGUGUGCUUCGACUACAGCGGCAGAGAUCUCGAGGAUAAAGAGGGUGAUUUGCAGGCAGGUGCAAAACUGGUUCUGAACAGACAAUUUGCAGAUGAGCGCUGGACCAAAAACAGGGUGGUCACCUGUCUCGACUGGUCACCUCAGUAUCCAGAGCUGCUGGUGGCCUCAUAUAACAAUAACGAGGAUGCUCCCCAUGAGCCUGAUGGAGUAGCACUGGUCUGGAACUUGAAGUACAAGAAGAACACACCCGAGUACAUUUUCCACUGCCAGUCAGAGGUGAUGUCAGCCGGCUUUGCAAAGUUUCAUCCCAACCUGGUGGUGGGUGGGACAUACUCUGGACAGAUUGUCUUGUGGGACAACAGGAGCAACAAGCGCACCCCAGUUCAGAGAACACCCCUGUCUGCCGCUGCACACACACACCCAGUCUACUGUGUGAACGUGGUAGGAACCCAAAACGCUAACAACCUGAUCAGCAUUUCCACUGAUGGUAAAAUGUGCUCCUGGAGCCUCGACAUGCUCUCCCAGCCACAGGACAGUCUGGAGCUGGUAUUCAAACAGAGCAAAGCAGUGGCUGUCACCUCCAUGGCCUUUCCUCUGGGCGACGUGAACAACUUUGUGGUGGGAAGCGAGGACGGCUCUGUCUACACAGCCUGUCGCCACGGGAGUAAGGCGGGUAUCACUGAGGUGUUUGAGGGCCAUCAUGGUCCUGUGACCGGGCUGAGCUGUCACAGUGCUGGAGGACCUGUUGAUUUUUCUCAUCUCUUCAUCUCAUCCUCUUUUGACUGGACUGUCAAACUCUGGAGCACCAAAAGUACCCGUCCUUUGUACUCGUUCGAGGACAGUUGUGACUAUGUCUAUGAUGCGAUGUGGUCUCCAACGCACCCUGCUCUGUUUGCUUGUGUGGACCUCGCUGGACGCUUGGACCUUUGGAACCUCAACAAUGAUACAGAAGUUCCCACUGCCAGUGUGUAUGUGGAGGGGGCUUCAGCAUUAAACCGAGUGAGAUGGGCUCACUCUGGCAAGGAGAUUGCCACUGGGGACUCAGAGGGACAGGUGCAGGUCUACGAUGUAGGGGAGCAAAUCUGCGUGCCCAAGGCUGAUGAGUGGACACGCUUUGUCAGGACGCUGGCUGAGAUCAACGAGAACCGAGAUGAAGCUGAGGAACUGGCCAACGUCUGAUGUUCCAAACCACACACUGACAGCCGCUCGUAAAUUCCUCUCCAGCACACUACACACUUAUAGCACACUACACAACACUGGCUUCCACCUUUUCCACCUACUACAGCAUGAGUUGGCCUGAGGAGAUGUGCAGAGCUAGAAGGGAUAGAAAAGACAGAUUUAGACAAGUUUUAGAUGUGGUUUUUUUUUGUUUUGGUUUUUUUUUUUAUAAGUGUCUGGAAGAGUCUUAGAGUGUAUUAGUAGGAACAAUGAAUGUCAGGUGUAGCAGUAGUACAGAAGCGAAGCUGCAGUUGAGUGGUUGAACGUUCAACCGACAGAGGAGUAGAUGGAUGUGAUUUUCUGCAUAGAUGCGUCUGUCCACUCUAAACUUCUAUAGCUUUGAUAACAUCCUCAGGGCCCCGAGAAACUGCUCUUCUCCUGAGGCCUCAACCAACUCAGUUGUUUUUUUAAAAUAUGCAAACCUUUGUACUUGCACCUUUUUAUUACCAUUUGAGUGUUUAUACAUGUUUUAAUAUUUUCCUGGCACGCUUGUGCGCAUGGCUGACAAAGUGAGAGAGAGAGAACAGAGAGAGAAAAAUGAAAAUCUGACAUUUCACUAUUAGAUCCUGUUUAUCCUCAGCAGCAAUUGAAUUGAUGACUAAAACAAGCAUGCUUACACAUGCUCACUGGCCUGUUCAGAAGUGUGUCAUUCUUACAUUUUAACCACUAUUAUAUUUAAUAUUUAUUCUGGUGGUUGCACUUAUUUAAAUAUUUUUGUGUAUUGUUUAAAAACGAUGCUGCUUUGUAAUAAGAGCUUGAGUAGUACAUUCCUCAAAUUAGCAGUAUAAGCUUUUUACCAGGCAAACUUACUAAAAUUGCUUUGAAUUUAUUGACACUAGUACAGUUAAAAUGCUUUUUCUGUACCAAAGGUUAUUGUUUUAUACUCUGUACCUGUGUAAUGAAUAGUAGAAAACAGUUUGAGCUGACUUAUCCUCUCAAAGAGGAUCUAAAUAAACUACAUGAAGGAAAGAAGAUGUGUAAAGCUAAGGUUAGAAACUAAUUUUUACCACACAACAUAUGUUGUUUUUCAUUAGAUUGCUUAUCCAUCCAGUUUUUCAUUCCUUCCAGGAUGCAAUCCAGCCUCAUCAGGCUGGUAAAAAAAAAUGGAUUGAAACCCUUUUUUCCCCCCUCUUGAAAUGUUUAAAAUAAGCUUGAAAAAAAUGCACUGUAGCAACCACAUUUGAUAUAACAUGAACAGUAUUCUGCAGACUUAUACUGUAUUGUUCCCUGUUCCUCACACAGUCAGUGGUUGCACUUUUCCAUUGGAAUAAAACUCAAGACAUCUUGUUAAAAUUAAAACCAUAUGGAUGAUUUAUUUCAAUAAAAUACAAUGACUC